CGAUGAACGAAUCAUAGCCUUGGCUGCUUCUCCAAGUAAAAAACACAUAAGCCCUCUUUAAAUCCCUAGCUAAGCUUCCACCGAGAAGUAGUUCAAUCUGAUUUUGCGGAUCGUUAAUCGGAACAAUGGGUUUGACGAAUUUCAUAUUGACGGUAGCCGGAGUAGGCGCUGUGGUGAUGCUAUUGAGGAGCGACGUGAAGCAAUCUGUCACCGUCUUAAGGCGUAACGUCAAGCACAUCCGCCACUGGCUCGAAGAAGAAUCCUCCGCCGCCUCCUCCAAGGCAGCUGAGUCCAUAAAACCAAAGGAAAUAGAGACAAAGGUUCCGAAGAAGGACAUUCCAAAAGAGAAGGAUUAGUGUCCCUCUAAAUAUACACGAAGGGUCUUUGUUAGAGUCGAAUAUAUGACUUUGGUUUCAACACCAUUGUCUUACUUGACUAUUUUUAGCUGAGAGUUUUGGUUUUAUGUUUAAAGGGUUCUUGUCUCAAUCUCACCUCUUAACGUUUAAGCAUUCUUGGAAGUGGCAUAAUAAUAUAGUAAUCUCUAUCUUCUUUUGCAA